AUGCGAUGCGCGAGGCAAGGCCGCCGAGAGCGCCCUGUAUCACCUGGUGAUGCAGGCGCUGGUCAUGAAGACACUCGUGUCUUCACAGAGUACGAGCUCGGUGUCUCGUACUCUCCUGAUACGGAUGACGGAUCCGUAUCGACGGCAAUUGAAUCCAAGCCGCCUGCCAAGCGUGGCAUGGACGAUGCUUUGCGUCGCAGCAUCUUUGGUUCAUCUGAUGAGUCAGAUGAACCAUCGCCAACGAAGGCGCUCGAGGUCGCGAGACUCGGGCGCUAA